UCCUACUUGAAUGUGUACUUUAAGAUUAAAACUGACUCGCUUACAAGGAAAAUAUUUAAACGUAAUUAUAGUUCGGUCAGGGUUUAAUUCUACAUUUGUAUAGUCAUAUAUAUUGGAGAAAUAUGACAUUUUGGAAUAUAUUCAUUUUAUUCUCAGUUUUUCAUGUUUCAGAAUGCGCAGAAAGCUAUCUUGUAUCUAACAUAUCUUCACAAUGGGCGAAUAUAUAUAACAAAUGUUCAAUUGCUGUUCCUCCUAUUCGACAAACAUCAACCGGAAUUGUUGUAGAUGCCAACAUCUCACUCUCAGACACUGAGCAUGCUUGGGUUGGAUAUAUCAAGACGCAAAAGUCUUUCGAUUAUAUUGGAUGUUUUCAGCAGAAAUCUUUGGGUAUCCUCCAAUCUGAGAAAGUUGAAGUUGUAAGUCCAGGACAGUGCUUUGAUGUGUGUCAUAACAGGUCAACCGUGGGAGUGUCAGGAAAUGAGUGCUUUUGCUUAAACGAUUCAAGUUCCUUGUCGGCAUUACGGUCAAAUUAUACAAUUUGCACGACGGAAUGUGAAUCCAAAAGCGGAGUUGUUUGUGGUUACCGAAUGGAAAAUGGAUCAAAAUAUAUUUCCAUUUAUAAAGAACACAAACUAGAAGCAAAAGAUAUUAGCGCAAGAAAUUAUGUAGAUGCACAUUGUCUGCGGCUUGAUCGGGAUCAAAAUACCUUUGCUUGGGACAAAUGUUCAGAAAAGAUGUUAGUUGUAUGUGACUUCGGCCCGACUUGUAUUCCGACAUCUUCAAAUGGGCUAAAUAUGUCAUGGAUUAGAAAUACGAACGAAUGUUUUUCAAAUGGAGGCUUACCAUUACGUGUAAAAAACUGUAGCGCUUAUAAUGACAGAAUGUCACAGGCGUGGACAAGUUUUAUACGGAGUUAUGUCAUCAUCUCUUUAAUGCAGUCAUCUGAUAUAUUUGAUUCUGGAAUAAUUCAAUAUGGGUAUGUGCAAAAGCAAGACGAAAAAAUUGUGCUGAAUUUUACUAAGAAUGGAACGAUUUUGAACAAGAUUCUCUGCACUAAAAAACCUAGUCCCAAAGAAGUAAAUGAAACACCAGAAUUUGGUAUGUUUAUGUAUACAGUUGUUAGUGCAGCCGCUGUUUUGGUGACUGUCAUGGUUGCGAUUUCCAUAGCGUUGAUUUGUCGAAGAAAGAAACGUAGACACAAGAACCUGAGGAGAAAUAGCUCGCAUUAUGAUAACCCUGUUAUAUCAUUCACUGCAAAUGAUGAGAACAUUCGUCGUUCACGUGCUUACGAAACAAUUGGUCAAAAUCGAGCCAAUCAGUAUGAUGAAGCGUAUCAACACGUUAACGAGAAUCAUAUGCAAAUAUGUCCUGACAAUGUCAAACAAGAAGAGAAAUCGCAAAUACAAUUAGUUUGCGGACAAGAUAAACAUGAAGGAAAUAAUUCUGAAUAUGAACGUAUUGAUGACUUUAUAAGUAAACCAGGUUUAGAGCAAAAUGACAAUAAUCCAAGUAAAAUCAAAACAGCUCAUGAUUAUUAUGUACUUGAAAAACCUUUAGAAAUUGUAACGCCUUCGAAUCAUGACAUUUCUAGAGACACAGAUAAAACUUCUAAAGAAAGUGAAUUCAAUAUAUACAACAAGCUCGUUAUUGAUAGCAAACAAACUUAUGAUCAUGUAUUUCUUGCUAAACCAAGUAAGCAAACAGCGUUUGAUAAUGCUUAUAACACUACGGCAUUCGUACGUAUAGCAACAGAUUCAUAAUAAUUUACAUAUAGCAGAUAGAAUCUGAUGUAAUUAUAUAAAGUGUAUAUUUCAAUUUGAUUACUAAUAAUAUUACGUUACAGACUUUGUUAGUGAAA